AUGAACCGAUCGUGGGUUGAUUGGAAUCGCAACCUCUCCCACAGAAGGAGAAGCUCAUUGACUGCUCGUCCCCGGUUCCGCUUCUCUACGCUGCGCGGCUUUCAGCAGCCCGAGCUGAGCAAGAAGCUGAACCAGGUCAUCAAGAACGAGAAUGCUGCUAUUGGUGCUCAUGAGAAGGCUAGUCGCGAGCGCGUGUCUAUUGCAUCCCAGCUGUCCGAAUGGGGUGAAUGGACUGAAGACGAUGCUGUCGCCGAUAUCACCGACAAGUUUGCUGUCCUGAUGGCCGAGAUUGGCGAACAGGAGGAUACCUUCGCUCAGUAUCUCGAGGAAUACCGCAUUGUGCUGAAGCAAAUUCGCGACACGGAGAACUCGGUCCAGCCGUCCCGCGACCAGCGGGCCAAGAUUGCAGAUGAGAUCCAGAGACUCAAGUGGAAGGAGCCACAUAGCCAUAAGAUCGAUACCCUGGAACAGGAGUUGGUCAGGGCGGAGGCUCAGAGUCUCGUUGCUGAGGCGCAGUUGACUAAUGUGACCAGGUCGAAGCUCAAGGAGGCAUUAGACAUCCACACUGCUGCGGUCAUUGAACGAAACGAGAAACAGAUCUUGCUUGCUCGUCAUGCGCGCCGCGUUCUGGAACAGCUGGACGACACCCCGGUCGUUCCUGGUGACUCCCCACGCGAGUACGAUCGCACAUCUUCUACGAGAAAAAUCCUCGAGGAGGCUGAGAAUGAUCUCCGUUCUUGGGAGAGCACCACUGUGCCUAUCCAGAGUGCGGCAGGGGAGCUCCCGGACAGUACCCUUUUGCCAACUGCCGCCCGUAGAGCUACCAAUGGUCGCGCAUCAUAUGCGGCUGACACAGCGGUCUCGGACUCUGUGCGGGACGUCAAUGGUUCUGCGGAACCUUCUUAUGUCAAUGGCGCUGGUCAUGAGAGAUAUACAAACGGCACUGGCGUGGAGCAAUAUGCCAAUGGUACAGGCCAGGAGCGAUACGUUAAUGGCUCUGGCCAAGAACGAUAUGUCAACGGCACUGGCCAGGAAAGAUAUGUCAAUGGGAACGCUGCAGAGCGACAAGUCAAUGGAGGUGGCCGGGAGCAGUAUACUAAUGGUACCACCACAGGGGCCUAUGCCAAUGGAGGCAAUGCGCGAUAUGUCGAGGGAGUCGCGCCGGAAGAGUAUGUGGAUCGAAGUGCCACAGAAGAAUAUGCUGGCCGUUCUCAGGAGCAGAGCGCCACCGGUGUGACUGAAGAGCAAUAUAGCAGCCGUGCUCAAGAGCCGGUCGCCGCCAGUGCUGGCGAGGAGCGAUACCCUGGUCGCCCUCUAGGACAGGUUUUCACUAGCGCUGCCGAUGAGCGGUAUGCCACCGGUGGCACAGAGGGGCCAUCAGUCUCCGCUGUUGAGGAGCAGAUCACUCCUACUGCUGCACAGGACAUAUACUCCAGCCAGACAGGCCGAGAUCAGGUGGCAGAUGGAUCUGUCCGGGAGGAAACUCUGAAAACAGAGGAGGAAGAGGGAGUGCGACGAGCACCAGACCCACGCCUCUCAUACACCUCACGAGGCUCCGAAGCUCCGCAAAUAAUCAGCCCAGUCCCGGUGCAGGCUCAUCCUGUGGCGGUCCCCAUCUGA